AUGGACGAACACGAGCUUAUGUGCGGAAAUUACGAUACGCUAUCAAGGCUUGGAAACCCAAGCCAAACAUCAUCGAACAUAGAUCUCUUCUUCUGCACUACAGAAUUAAUAAAUAUAAUGGAAUUUUCUCAAGUACAAGACACAUGGAAUUCAGAUCAUUUCCCGAUAGUGGGUAGAAUAAGAACAAGAAUUAUCAGAUAUAAAAAAAGAUCAAAUAGGGCCUCCACAAAAAGAACCAAGUGGAAAUACUUUACAGGAACACUACGUGAAUAUGCAGAGGAAGAACCAGAGGCCAUAGGAAAAAUGUCAAGCAACGAAAUAAAAAUAACAGAUAAAUUUAAAAUAUUUGAAACCAUACUCAAAAAAGCUACACUUAAGAUCUCGGACAAAAACCCAGAUAAUAUGGACAUAGAAAACGAAGGAUUCAAUAAACACAAUGACAAUACAAAAAACAGAGGACAACCUAAAGAAUGGUGGGACCAAGAAUGUAAAGAGUGGAACAAGUGGAUAAAUAAGAAUAGAGAAGAGGAAAUCAACAAGGAUAUCAAUAUAUUAGCACCACCAUAUGUCUUAGAAGAGAAGAAAGGAAGAUACGCUCAAGAAGAAAAACAAGACUCACAGCUAAAUAGAAAGUUUAAAUAUGAAGAGUUAACAAGAGCUUUAAACAUGAUAAGACGAAAUUCAGCACCAGGAAGAGAUGGAAUAGAAUACACCAUGCUGAAGAAUCUCACGGAAGAAAUGAAAAAUAUUCUGUUAAACAUGUAUAACGAAGUUUGGUUUACAGGAAAAAUCCCAGAUGCAUGGAGAAAAUAUCAAGUGGUAUUUAUCGACAAACCAGGAAAAGAAAAAGUCCGACCCAUAGCAUUAUCAUCAUGUAUAGGAAAACUCAUGGAAAGAUUAGUCAACGAACGAUUGGUCUGGUGGGCGGAACACGAAGGUAAACUGGCGGGAGACCAAAACGGCUUCAGACGAGGUAUCAACUCGGUACAAUUUGCAGAUGACAUAGCGUUAUACACAACAAAUAUAAAUAGAAACUUAAACAUGGAUAGACUAGAAGAAGCAGUAGACACACUAGCAAACAGAUUAUCUGAGUUAGGCUUAGAUUUAGAACCAAAGAAAACAGUACUAGUUGAGUUCAACAAAAACGGGUUUCGAGACAAAACAUUAGUAUUAACAUUAAGAAC